AUGCCUUCCACAAAGCAGCAGCGUGCCCGUCGCCAGACCGCUCCCUCUGGUCCGCCGCGCAAACCAACCGCCAGCGAAACCAAAUCUAGUCUACAGGCAGUGGAUGAGAAACUGCCUGUCUCCACUGAGUGGACAGCGCCAGGGUGGAAUAAUGAACUCGAGUUUUCACAGUGGCUCAAUGGCGUCAAGGACGAUCUGAUCGAGGAGAGCUACGACGAGUACCAAAACUGCUUGGACGAACUUGAACAAUCGAAGGAGCAUAUUGAAGAGAUAUUGGCGAACACCUUGACCUUGUUGGAUGAUCUAUCCAGCUUAUCGCAAUCAUUCAAAUCGGUCGAGACCCAAACGUCGAACUUCGAGAAACAAUGCGAAGGACUUCUGUCUGCCCAGGAACGGGAUACAAAGCUUGCCAACAACAUUCAAAACAACCUUCACUACUAUGACUUCCUAGACCCCGCCUCACGACGUCUCAAUGCCCCCGGCGCAGGAAACACAGUCCGCGAUAAGGAGUUCUCAGAUAUGUUGAGGCGUCUGGACGUGUGCUUGGACUACAUGGAAAGACAUCCGGAGCAAAAAGAGGCAGAGGUCUACCGCUCGCGAUACCGGCUAUUGCUAACGCGUGCCUUGACACUUAUCCGAGGAAACUUCGUCUCUGCACUCAAAGAUAUCUAUCAGAAUGUGUCCAAAAAGAUUUCGGACCAGCAAUUGAAUGACACAGCCUUGUCCGCUCUCCUGUACGCCAAAUUCAGAGUCGGGGCACCUGAACUGAAACAGAUUGGAGUCGAAAUCCAAAAGAGAGCUGUGCCACCACUCAACCUAGAUCAAAAUAACGAAGCCGAAUAUCAAAGUCUGAUGAAUGAGCUGCACAGUAACUACUCAGCUACCCGGGCGAAGUUGAUCGUUCCGCUGGCUCGGAAGAAGCUCGGCGAGAUCACCCAGACGCCGAGUUCGUCCAAGGACCUAGCGGCAUUUUCUCGUGCUAGUAUCAGCUAUGUUCGCGGCCUGUGUUUAGAUGAAUACGAUUUAUGGGGGGAGUGGUUUCACGGGCAAGGAGGUUUAUAUGACUUCCUCGAAACGCUCUGCGAACCACUCUACGACCAUCUCCGCCCACGGAUCAUCCACGAGUCUGACAUCGUCAGGCUAUGUCAAUUGUGCAGUCUGCUACAGACUCGCUAUUUCUCAGACCCAGAAGAAGAACCGCAGCCAGUGGAGACAAACCACCUCGACUUCUCCAUAUUAAUCCAGCCAGCUCUGCAAGAUGUCCAGUCCCGACUUGUCUUCCGUGCUUUGGCCGUCCUGCGCGAUGAAAUCGAGCGGUACAAACCCCGCCCAGAAGACAUCGAUUACCCCAUGCGCAAUCGACAGGUCUCCCUGACCGUCUCAGACACCCAGAUCUCAGGCAAGAAAGAUACAUCCGCGGACACACUGAUCGAUAUGACCGGCAAGCAAGGCGAUGAUGCAGAUGAAUCUGCGCAGGAACCAGACGGCAAAUGGGACUUUGAAACCCAGACUGCCCUAAAGGGCUGGUACCCGACUCUGCGAAAAGCAAUCUGGCUAUUGAGCCGGAUUUACCGUCUAGUCAAUUCCACCGUCUUCGACGACCUAGCCCACCAAAUAGUCCACCAAACCACCCUCUCCCUCCAGAGCGCCAGCACCCUAAUCGCAGCCAAAGCCACACCAGCCGACAGCCAGCUCUUCCUAAUGAGCCACCUCCUAAUCCUGAAGCAACAAAUCGUCGCCUUCGACAUCGAAUUCGUCGCCGCCGCCGAAGUCUCCUUCGACUUCUCCGGCGUCACAAACACCUUCUGGGAACUACGCGAGCGCGGCGGCCUCUUCAAUCCACGCAACCUAAUGCGUCUCGUCGGGCACGGUCUCAUCCCCCGCGUCGUGGAGAACAUGCUAGACGCGAAGGUCGAGCUGGAUGGACGACUUCGCACGGUCAUCAACGACUUCAUCAAUGCGUUUGCGGCGCGCAUGACUGCCUCGCUGCCUGCUAAAUUCGUCGAUGUUCGCAAUCUGGCGCGCGGCGAACUCAUUCUUCCUUCUUGUCGCACUAUUGAGAAAGAGGUGCCGGUGCUGCGGAAGGUGUUGAAUGAGUAUAUUGAUGAUACGCGGAUGAAGGAGACGCUUGUUGGUGCGGUGCAGGAUCGCACGAUUCAGAUUUAUGAGGAUUUCUUUGAGAAGUAUACUUCCUCUGAGAAAGGGAAAGGCAACUUUGUCAGUAAGAAGGGGAAGGGGAGGGACGAUGCCGUCUGGGAUGUUAACACGUUUGCUGAAUGGUGCGAGGGGGUUUUCCGUGUUGGCGUCACUGGGUUGCAAGCUGAAAUCCCUGAGGAUGAUGAUGACGUGCUAAGUGACAGAUCCUAA